AUGGUACGCGUUGCACGCUUGUCCCACACGAAAGAAGAAGCGACAAAGGUAAGUUAAUUAAUGGAAAAAGGACCAAGACGAAGAUAUGGCGGAUAAUAUGAAACGAAGGAUAGCCAGUGUAUUCGUUGUUUGUCUAAGAAUGGUGAAUACAUUUGCAGGACUAACUGCUAUUGCGGAAUCAGGUUUUCAAGAAAAUUUCUACAAUCAUCGAAUAAUCUAUAAAUAUAGAAAUUUUGCCCUAAUUACAAUCGUGAAAACAGUACGAUAUUUAAGUGAAAAAAAUUCUACUUGGCGUGAACAGAGCAUAAGCUGA